GAUGACGAAAAAAAGGGACAAGUGGGAGAAGAGGAGAGUCAUUCUGGAUCAUCAAAGGGCAAUCACGAGUCCUUCCCGCGAGCGCCGGUUAGUCAUUUUUUUUUUUUCUUUAUUCUGAUGACGAGGAGUGGUGGAGGCACCCGUGGCUGUCGCCUCGCAUGCAUAGUGGGGAGUCACCGCGAGAGAGUUUUACGUACCGAAAUGAAACUACUCGACGGAGAAAGUGAGAGCAGACGUAGCGGUGCCGGCGAACACUGACGACGAGCAAACGAGCAGGCGUUCUUCGGAGCCCCUCGACAAGAGAGGAUAGACAUGGUGCGAGUUCUCCACACGACGUGGAGCUUUACCACAGUCCGAUAACCGACGCGCUCCAUCGGUCGACCACGUGUUGUAUUUUUUAUCAAAUUUUUCAUUAAAAGAAAAACAAACUUUUUGGAAUCGGGAGAAUCAGAACGAAAAAUCUUUAUGGAAGAUAAAAUCGUCGAUUAUCCAUCGGAAGCAAGUGCAAGUAAAGAGAAGAUGAAAAAGGCACACUCGGCACCAUCUUGAAGAUAAGAAGAGAGGAUACUCGGAGCUUAAUUGACGUGGGUUUUGUGGAAAAGUCAAACAGCAUUUCAAAGAACUAGCGCGACCUCGUUAGUCACCAAAGUGACAAAACUUAUCGUAUCUCGAGAUAACGCGUGAAUACGCGAAAAAGACCUUUAGCUUCUAUAGCCAUAGUUAGGAUAGUACAGCCGCGGGUACUGUUCAGGUGAUUCUCGUUGUUUCGGAUAUGUAAAUCGUGAGUGCAUUUCGUGAGACGUGAUCGUGGAAUUGGGGGACAAUCGACGAAGAACAUCUCGCGAUAACACGGAAGCAACCACCCGUCGCGACGGUACCCUCAAUUGUGUUAUGCUGCUGAGGACUACCUCGGUCAUACGAGGCAGACGAAGAGGUCGCAAAAGACAGGGCGGCAGGAAUAGCGUCCUGGCGGAUUCCCUCUGAGAAAUCGCUCGCAUUGCUUCGAUCAGCCGAGGAGAAAUCCGGGAAGGUCACGUCUGCUGAAUCGUGAAACGAUGGGUACAUCGAGGCCGCAUUGGCUUCUCGCUGUAGUCGUUCUGAGUCUCUCCUCGAACUUGAUGGCGAGCGAGGUGCAGCGGUUCAUGAACUCAGAUUCCUCGGCUAUCGAAAUGCGAAAAGAUGGAAUCAAUCGUACUGGGGUGGUGACAAUUCGUCGACGAAGAUACGUACGAUUUCCGACGGGGUCCGCCACUUAUCUCUUCGAGGGUCCAGGGCCACAUGGCAGAAAUCUUGGGUCGCAUCCGGCCACGCGUCUCGUUCCGCAGGCUUCAUUCUCUGGCUCUUGGAGGCAACACAAAUCCCUCUGGAGAAGCCCCGCCGAUUACAACAGGCCGGUGAUGUCUCAUCGGACGCCGAGACUGAUAUUCCGCGACAACGAUUUCCUGCCGCCAGUCGGAGGCGGCGCGGCCUCCUUCUUCCAGCAAUCUAAUCAGCUGCCAGAUUUCGAGGACGACAUCAGAGAUCUCCGAAAGCAGACGCUGGAUGAUUAUCCCAGAUUGGAAACAGAGACGCGGCAACUAAAAAGACCGCUGUGGAAAGGCGACGAUACAUUGUGCGCGGACGGACGGAGCUGCGAAUUUUUUCUAAUGUGCUGGAUGUCUGCUGGCCUAUUGGACGGCAGCUGCGGUGGCAUUAUGUAUGCGUGUUGUCAGCGAAGAGACCCUAAAGCUCUCACUGAUUAUAACCUGAUCGAGUCGCCUAGAGAUCAAUCUCGGCCGCUUCCGCAGGAUUUGUACACGGAGACCGACAGCGACGAUCGUUGCGGCAUACCGGUCGUCUCGAAACAAAUCGCGCAGAGGAGGAUCGUCGGCGGUGACGAAGCCGGUUUUGGCAGUUUCCCGUGGCAGGCUUACAUACGUAUCGGUACCAGCAGAUGCGGCGGCACUUUGGUCAAUCGAUUUCACGUUGUCACCGCUGGACAUUGCGUUGCGAAAGCGUCAGCGCGACAAGUCCAAGUGACCCUCGGCGAUUACGUGGUGAAUUCCGCGAGUGAAUCCCUGCCAGCUUAUACUUUUGGGGUUCGAGAGAUCAGGGUGCACCCUUACUUCAAAUUUACGCCCCAGGCAGAUAGGUUUGAUGUAGCUGUGCUUCGAUUGGAUCGGCCGGUUCAUUACAUGCCCCAUAUAGCACCUAUAUGCCUACCGGAGAAAAACGAAGAUUUCUUAGGGCAAUAUGGCUGGGCUGCGGGAUGGGGCGCUAUGCAAGCAGGUUCUAGAUUGCGACCGAAGACGCUGCAGGCGGUAGACGUGCCCGUGAUCGAUAAUCGCCUCUGCGAGCGGUGGCAUCGCUCCAAUGGCAUCAACGUCGUUAUUUAUGACGAGAUGAUGUGCGCCGGUUACCGCGGCGGCGGCAAGGAUUCUUGUCAGGGUGAUAGCGGAGGUCCAUUAAUGUUGGAGAAAACUGGUCGAUGGUAUCUCAUCGGCAUUGUCUCGGCAGGUUACUCUUGCGCGCAACCAGGUCAACCGGGAAUCUAUCAUCGCGUAGCCAAGACCGUCGAUUGGAUUACGUACGUCAUUAACUCGUAGCGCGUCCUUGCAACCGCGGGAGAAUUAUUCUCAGGAGAGCCCUGAGAAUCCUAAGUCGCGAACUUUGCAUGACACAAAGUUCGGGCAUCUAUCGUGUCGAGAAUGAUUUCCGAAAUCUAUAGAUCACGUCUGAGAAAUCGAGAAAUCAUUGACACGGGAACGAAAACGAUCAAUUUAAACUCACUUCUGAGAGAGAGGACUAUAUAUAACAAAAUUAAAGCCAUUUUAUUUUACAGGAAUGUAAAAGUAAUUUAGAGUGAAAUCCAUGAGUCGCAGAAGUUGUUGUAAUAAGUAAUUUCGUGUUUCCGUCAAUAUUGUUCCGUCAAAAGGCUCGACGUUUCUUUAUUAAGUAUAAUACGGUAUUAUAUAAUUAUCUCUAUUGACACAAGCGGGUGGCGCAAGUGUGUAAUUAUAACGAUGUGAAUGUAUUGUAAAUUAAGCAUGUAUGAUAUACGUAUGAAUUUGUGCUUAAUAAAUACUUUGUUUUCGAUUUUAUUACAGGAAACUAAUCAUUUCUGACGUACCACUUUGUUUACGGUUAAUAUUUCUUUAAUAACUU